GGCAGCACCAUGAAGUCGGGCGGCCUCCUCCUGCUGGCAGGGCUCCUGGUCCCCUGUGCCCAGCUCCAGCCUGUGUCUGUACCAGGUACAUUUACCACUCCUCCUACCACUCCCCCCACCACUCCUCCAGAAAAGCCUGGAACCUGCCCCGUGAUACUCCCGGGCCUCCAGUGGCCCUGCCUUCUGACGUGCAGCAGUGACUCCACGUGCUUCGGAGUGAAGAAGUGCUGCAACCUGGGCUGCAACAAGAUCUGCUUGAUUCCCAACGACAAGCCCGGAUACUGCCCCGUUGGAUUGGGCCAGAUCCCUGGGCCCUGCUUUAACUUCUGUGUUGGCGACUAUCAAUGCUAUGGACCAGCGAAAUGCUGUUCUGUCGGCUGCAGCAAGAUCUGCCUGCUACCCUUUACAUCACCUCGGGGAAUAGCACACCCGGGCCGUGGCCCAGUGCAGAUACAUUCGGAUGAGAGCUCUGCAGACUACCCCUCACUACACGCGGCCAGCUGUGGGCCUGGGUACAACGGCCCUGGGUGCGCCAAAGAGGAGAAGUGAUGCGGCCAAGGCUGCGGUGAAGUCUGCAUGGACCUCGUUCAGGGACUAGCCCAUCGCCUGGGAGCCCGUGCGUGACAGACGGCACUGCGACCUUGUGCCCAAUGUGAUGACGACCCUGAGGCCCCAAGUACCCAGACUCUGCUACAGGACGAGACCUUCCACUGUCGCCUUUGCCGUCCCCAUUCCUGCUGCAGCCCAGCUCUCGCAGCCCCAGCUCUGCCCAGGCCGGGCUCAGGCUCUGCGCUUUGCUCCCUCCCCUCUGAAUAAACGAGUCCUGCAGGAACCUG